GCAGGCAGGCUUUAGUGUGUCAGCAUUUCACUCUCUCUCUCUCUCUCUGCUGUGUGGAUCUGGAAGAUGGAGUUAAAGGAGUUUUGCUUAACUGACAGCUUUCCAUUCCUCAAUCAGCAAAACAGUCUGUUGGACCCUUCAUCUACUGAUGACCCCCCAUCUCCCAGAGAGACAACGAUUAAGGCGGACCCCCUCAGCCCCCCGUUUACUGCCCCGUUCAGCCCCAGCAGCACCUCAGACAGCAGUGCGUACAGCCUGUUCUCUCAGGGUCACUCUCUGGACCCGGAUUCACCCAGCUCCAGCAGCACAGCCACCUUUAACCCCGCCCACUACAGCACAGAGGAACACAGCCUGCAGAUAACAGCCCAAACACACCCCGCCCUCAGCCGGGACUACAUCCCCAACCUCAACCCAGGACCCAAACGCCUCUGCCUGGUCUGUGGAGACUUCGCGUCCGGCUACCACUACGGCGUGGCUUCCUGCGAGGCCUGCAAGGCCUUCUUCAAGAGGACCAUUCAAGGAAACAUUGAGUACAGCUGUCCGGUGGUGAACGAGUGUGAGAUCACAAAGAGACGGAGAAAAGCGUGUCAGGCCUGCCGCUUUCAGAAGUGUCUGAGAGCCGGGAUGAUGAGAGAGGGUGUGCGUAUGGAUCGUGUAAGAGGAGGAAGGCAGAAGUAUAAAAGAAGAGUUGAGUCCAAUCUGUCCGUCUUCAUCAAAACACCCUACUCACAUGCAGUCAAAUCUGUCCGAAAUAAGGUCAUUUCCCAGCUGUUGGUGUCCGAGCCGACUCCACUGCGUGCGUCGCCUGACCCCUCCAGCCCGGACACAGACCUCAACACCCUGCUGACCUUAUGUGACCUUCUAAACAGGGAGCUUCUGGUCAUGAUCGGCUGGGCCAAACACAUUCCAGGGUUCGCUGCGCUCUCUCUGGUGGAUCAGAUGGCGCUGCUGCAGAGUGGCUGGAUGGAGGCUCUGCUGAUGUGUGUGGUGUGGAGGUCUCAGGGUUGUUCUCAGGAGCUUCAGUUUGCGGAGAACCUGCGGCUGAACGAAGCUCAGGCCCGGGCGGCUGGACUGCUGGACCUUUAUACACCUCUGAGACACCUGACUGAGAAAUACAGACAGCUGAACCUCAGCCAGGAGGAGGCCGUCACACUGAAGGCCAUGGCCCUCGCCAACUCAGAUGCUGAGAACGUGGAGAGCGGGGAGGCGGUGCUGAGGUUUCAGGACGGUCUUCAUGAAUCCCUGCAGGACUACGAGAGCGUCCAGCAUCCCGCUGAGCCUCACCGCGCCGGCCGGCUCCUCAUGACCCUCCCCCUGCUCAGACAGACCGCCCAGAGAGCCGUCCAGUGCUUCUGCCGCCUGCACAUGGAGGGACACAUCCCCAUGCACAAGCUCUUCCUGGAGAUGCUGGACGCCAAGAUUUAGACCAGAUCUCAUAUUGCUCCCUAUUCCAUACCAUUUAUCACACUACAUGAGACACAAGGAUCAUGUGGUGUUUUACACUCAUGUCCUAAAGAGGGAGCUGGUUGGAGUGCAUCUUUAACAGGGUCAGAAUGAGUGCAGAUGGACAUCUAUACCACUAAAGCUCUGGAGGUUUUCUGUGUGUAUGAAUUAAAGAUUCAUCCACAUUCAGCUCCAGGCUAAAAAGCACUGAAAGAGCUGCAACAAAGUGAACAAAACUUGAACAAAAGUGAAGGAAGUAGAAUUUUGUAUUUAAUUCAUUUACAAAUGUAAUAUUUAAUUGUAGUAGUAGCUUUAAUCUAAUUUAUUUAAGUUAUAAGAUAAGUUAUGUUUAAAUUGUCCUGUUUAUUUAUUCUAUUGUUUAAGAAAUUAGGUUUAAUUUUAGUGUUUGUGUUGGAUAUGGUUGAUGUUUUUAUCCAUAUAACAAAACAAUACAAAACAAUAAAACUGCUGCAUCAGAAGCAAAUAUAUUUAAAUGACAGUAUAAUCACGCCACAACUCUUCAGCUUUACUAUUUAUUUUGUUUUAUUUAUUUAUAAAAUAUGCUUUGCAUUUUGGCUAUUUAUACGUAAAUAAACUAUUUUUGCAAUUUUGA